UCCCUUCCACACCUCCUGCCUUCUUAGAGGCCAGAGCACAGGGGCAGAGAGAGACAAAGAGUGAGAAAGAGUUAAGGGUUGGGGCUACAUCUCCCCAGCCACUCUGUUUAAAGAGGGCCAGGAAGGCCAGGGACGAUGGGAACCAUGCAGGAGGCAGAAAAAAAGCCAGCAGAUGUGGGCCCCUCACGAUCAUCUGUUCCUCUGGGGACUGUCAGGAUCGGGGAGAAGGCCGAAGCAGCUGAAACAGGAGCAGCCCUGAGGCUUGGAGAACUGGAGUUGAAGGAAGAAUGGCAAGAUGAAGAAUUCCCUAGAUUGCUUCCUGAGGAGGUUGGCUCUUCUAGAGAUCUCGAAGACCCUCAUAGACUUUCACAGAAAGACACCCCGCGCACUUUAGCCCUUUGUGGCCAGCGUCCGAUGCGCAAGCGCCUCUCCGCCCCAGACGGGACCUCCUCCACCCUCUCCUCGUCCUCCUCCUCCGGCGGCAGCCUGGACCUGGAGAUAGACGAGCUGGAGACACCUUCGGACUCGGAGCAGCUGGACAGCGGACACGAAUUUGAAUGGGAAGAUGACCUGCCCCAGGCAGAAAGCUUGGGGGCCAGUGAGGCAGCCAAAAGGCUAGGCCCGGGCUGUAUGUGGGAUGUAGCUGGAGAAGAUGGUCAUCGCUGGAGAGUGUUCCGAACAGGACAGCGGGAGCAGCGAGUGGACAUGACCAUCAUUGAACCCUAUAAGAAAGUCCUAUCUCAUGGAGGUUACCAUGGUGAUGGCCUCAAUGCUGUCAUUCUCUUUGCUUCCUGUUACCUACCCCGAAGCAGUGUCCCCAACUACACCUAUGUCAUGGAGCAUUUGUUUAGGUAUAUCGUGGGAACCUUGGAAUUGCUGGUGGCUGAAAACUAUCUUCUUGUUCACUUGAGCGGAGGCACAAGCAGGGCCCAAGUUCCACCUCUGGGCUGGAUUCGCCAGUGUUACCUUACCCUGGAUCGGAGGCUCCGGAAAAACUUACGAGCCCUGGUGGUCGUUCACGCGACGUGGUAUGUGAAGGCCUUUCUGGCACUGCUUCGGCCCUUCAUCAGUUCCAAGUUCACACGAAAGAUCCGUUUCCUGGACAGCCUGGGGGAGCUGGCCCAGCUCAUCUCCUUAGAUCAAGUCCACAUCCCUGAAACCGUCCGACAGUUGGACCAGGAUCUCCAUGGCUCAAGAGGCACCUAACGCUAAGACUGGACAAAGGACCUUAGGACCAGGAAAAGAUAACGGUCAUCUGCCUGGACCCUGGCCUGAGACAUCUGAGCUGUUCUAGAAACCACCUCCCGCCUUCCAGCUGGUAUCACCAGCUCUCCUCCUCUGCCUCCCUCCACGAAACUGGACUUCAGCGGGGCUUUGAAGUACGGAAC